AUAAUUUAUUUUCUUUUCUUUAAUUUCUCACUUUUCCAUCUUUUGACAGUUGCUUUCCUUUUUCCUAUCACAACGUCUCUCUCUUUCUCUCUCUACUCACACUUUCUCUCUCCUCUCUGUUUUUUGUGUUCACUUCACACUUCACACUCCUCGCCAUUGCUGCCUAGAGAGCCUUAUGAAUUGGGGAAAAGGCAUACAAGAAUUGUGUUAUUCUGGUACCCAUUUGGAAUCCAGGAUCAUUAGUCUCGUCGAAAAGAUUAGUCCAAAAGGGAGGGAUGGGAUGUAAUUCAUCGAAAUUGGAUGAUGAAGAGGCUGUUCAAAUAUGUAAAGAUAGGAAGAAGUUCAUCAAGCAAGCUCUUGAGCAUAGAACUAAGUUUGCCUCGGGUCAUGUUGCAUACAUUCAGUCCUUAAAACGAGUUUCUAGUGCUCUUAGUGAGUAUAUAGAAGGCGAUGAGCCUCGUGAGUUCUUGUUAGAUUCGUUUAUUACACCUCCAGGGAAGAAAUUGACCCCAAAGUUCAUCACCAUUUCUCCAAAGUGUUUCUCAGCACCAACUAUUCAAGCUGGGGAGAACUCGAAUGUGAGGAUCAACUACUACAGACCAAGUGGGACUGCAUCAGUUUCGGUUGAGGAGAGACCUCAGUCUCCUGAUACUUAUCGCGUUCAAUCCUAUUCGCCAAUGCACCAAUAUGGUGGGUUUGAUGGUUUCUUUACAAUGCAGUCUCCACAAAGGAAUUCUUCUUACUAUCCUCAGUCAAACUCGCCGUAUAAUAGACCUGAGAUACCUCCCUCCCCUCAAAAUAAUUCUCAGUGGGAUUUCUUUUGGAACCCCUUUUCAUCAUUGGAUUACUAUGGUUAUCCUGUGAGGAGUAGCCUCGAGCAAUCGAUAGUUGAUGAUGAUAUAGCAGGAUUAAGGCAAGUUCGGGAAGAAGAAGGGAUACCAGACUUAGAAGAGGUAACCGAACAUGAGGAAAUCAAUGAAGGAAGACAUAGACGAGAAGAAAUUCCUAAAGGACCGGCACAUGUUGUAAGGGAGGAAGUAAUUGUUGAAGAUGAUGAUGAGGAUGAAGAAAAUGAUGAUGACGACGACGAUGAUGAAACAGAAAAUGAAGUUGAAAAUCAACAUGAAGUAAAUGGAUUACAGGAACAAACUAAUGACAGCAUACAGCCUUCACAGGUUCCAAAUGCUGGACAUGUUGAAUUCAAUCGUCAUGAAACAAGGGUUACUGAAAGAGAAAAGAAGGAAGAAGAGGCACCAGGAUUCACUGUUUAUGUAAACAAAAGGCCAACAAGCAUGGAUGAAGUUAUCAAAGAUCUAGAAUCUCAGUUCGUGACUGUUUGUGGUGCUGCAAAUGAAGUUUCUGCAAUGUUAGAAGCUAAUCGCGCUCAUUGCCUACCAGCAUCAAGUGAAGUAACAGCUAUAAAAAUGUUGAAUCCAGCAGCAUUGUUCCGAUCAGCCUCAUCACGCUCCUCGUCAUCAAGAUGUUUGGUCAACUUUUCAGAAGGUUCAAGAGAUGAAGGAUCUGAAAGCAGCAGUAACGUAUCAGAUGAAUCAUCCAUGUUUUCUGGCAGUCAUCAUUCAACACUUGACAGAUUAUAUGCAUGGGAGAAGAGAUUGUACGAGGAAGUCAGGUCUGGAGAACGAGUUCGAUUGGCAUACGAGAAGAAGUGUACACAAUUGAAGAAUCAAGCAGCGAAAGGAGAUGAACCUUCAACGCUGGAAAAAACUAGGAUAGCUCUUCGAGAUUUGCAUACCCAAAUAAAGGUUUCAAUACACUCAAUUGAAGCUAUUUCAAAGAGGAUUGAAACUCUACGGGAUGAAGAAUUGCAGCCUCAGCUUUUAGAAUUGGUGCAAGGGUUAGCAAGAAUGUGGAAAGUAAUGGCAGAGUGUCACCAAAUGCAAAAGCAUACUUUGGAUGAAGCCAAACUUCUGUUAGCCGGUACACCUUCAAAGCUUAACAGAUCAAGACGACAUAAUCCUUCACUUUCUGCAAUAGACCCUCAACGACUGGCUCGUUGUGCCCACAAUCUAGAGUCUGAGUUAAGGAAUUGGAGAGCUUGUUUUGCAUCAUGGAUCUCUUCUCAGCGAUCCUACAUACAUGCAUUGUGUAGCUGGCUCUUAAGAUGCAUGAGGCGUGAGCCCAACACAUCAGAUUUACCUUUCUCCCCUCGUCGCUCUGCUGGGGUUCAUCCAAUCUUUGGAAUUUGCAUCCAGUGGACAAGACUUCUUGAUGCAAUAGGUGAGACUGCAGUGCUUGAUGGGCUGGAUUUCUUUGCUGCAGGAAUGGGAUCAAUCUAUUCUCAAAGCCAGAGCUUGGCUCAAGGCCAAGCCCAAGCCCACAAUAGUGGUGGAUCGCGGAGAUUUGAGGAUUCCGGUGGAAGCAUGGAAAUGGUGGAAGUAGCGAAAGUCGAAGAAGUUAUGACACCGGAGAAAAUGGCAGAAGUUGCCGUAAGAGUCUUGUGCGCCGGAAUGUCAGUUGCUAUGAGCUUAUUGGCAGAAUUUGCUGUUAGUUCAGCUGAGGGAUACGCUGAACUGGUAAAACAAUGGGAAAAUGUUAAGUGGCCACCUAAUUCCAAUGCUGAAGGAAUGUAAUCUCUUUUUUUUCUUCAUUUCUUCUUUGUUUAGGUAGGUUUUCAAUAUAAAUUGGAUGUCAAUGUAAUUACUAAAUUAUUACAGCUUGGUCAUGUAAAGAUUGAAGCCGGGCUUCUAUUGUACUACUAGUUAGUUAGGAAGAUCAUUAGGAAGAAUGGAAUGUGGUAGCUCUCUUGCUGUCUGUUUUUCUGUUGUGUCACAAGAGAGGCUCAAAGGACACUCCCAAAAAUGGUGUUUGGAUUUGGGAAAAUUUUGGUAUGAUUAAUAUUUAUUGUAGAAAUUCUUUUCUAAAA